UUUGCCCAACAAAACAAAAUUGUAAAUGGAAAUGAAAACAUAGAGAAAACCAGUGUGCAUAUGGCAUCUCUUCUCAUUAUUACUCUUCUUCUUCUUCCUCGAUUGAUUGUGUCUGAACUAAACCUAAUGCUUUUGUUUCCCAAAUUCACUCAAAAACCUUAAAUAAAAACUCUCUCUCUCUCUCUCUUCCGCUGCUCCACAGCUGGGUCCUCCGGCCAACCAACCCACUUCGCAGUUUCUUUAUUCUUUCAUCGCUAUCAGUAGAAUGAGGAAUUGAACGAGUUAAAGGAUUGACCUAACAUCUGCAGUUGAAAAUUACAGUAGUACGAUGUCUGGAGCAGCUGUUUCAUCGACAUCAACAGGUACUAGCCAAAAAGUUCCUAUGUUUGCUUCAAAGGCUGGUUUUGUCAUACCAAAAAACAAGUUGUCUGGUUCAUUGGUUCCCAUAUUCCGAGGAGUUAAAAAUCCUGGGGGCACUGAUACUUUGAAUGGAGAAAGUACCAAACUGACUCCAAGGAAAACAAAGUGGGGACCUGAUCUGACUCAGGAUGCUUCUGUUAGGAGGGUGAGAGCUUUUGCUUUUCAGACUCGGGUUGAUCAAAUUACACAGCAACUCAAAUCUGGAAUAUCAGAGACCGGGCUCAGUGGCAACUCAGUGCUAGAUUCUGAAAGUCCAAAUCAUGAGUUGUCCAGUCAUCAAAAUGCCAUUGAGAAGUUAGAAGAAUUGGAGCUUGAAAAGCGGGAGGCAAUAGGUGAAAUAUUAAAAUUAAAUCCAAGUUACAAGGCUCCAUCUGAUUAUAAACCGUUGAUGAAAGAGGCCAGAGUGUCCAUACCUGUUAAAGAAUAUCCUGGUUAUAAUUUUGUUUGGCUAAUAUUUGGGCCUGGAGGUGAGAACUUAAAACGAUUGGAAAAGGUAAGAAAAGAAACUGGAGCUAAGAUUCAAGUCUACAGAACCAACGUAGAUAAUGAACAGAAGAUUGAGAUUAAACAGUCUGAUGGGAAUGAAGUCCACAAUACCUACGAAGACUUAUACGUCCAUAUAUCAGCUGACACGUUUGAGAAAGUAGAUGCUGCUGUUACUGUCAUUGAGCUCCUAAUCACCUCAGUAAAAGGUAACUUGGCUUCUGCAUCUGCAGCCUCUAACUCAGCUUCUGCAGCUGAUGCCCAUGUUUCUUUAGGCCAGGAUGUGGCCACUUCUAACCCAGUUCUUAAUUCUGCAAUGCAAUCGAUGCAAGGACCUACAUCAAUGCCUCCACAAGGACAGUUUCAGUACCCUGGUCAAUGGUUUCCUGGAGGCCCACCACCUAACAUGGUGUUACAUCCACCUUCCGGCUUCAAUCCACCAAAUUCUUCGGCUCUUGGUCUGAACACCCCUGCUCACAUGCAUUCAAACAUGCCUUCACUGUUUGGCCGGCCACCAGUUCAAGGUGGAUUCAACUCCAUUCCCCAAAACCCAAAUCUUGUUUCCCAUGAAUCACGGCCACCAGCACAAGUUUUACAACAUCAAUACAUGGUUCAGACAGGUCCUGGUCCUUUUGAGCCGAGAAAUCCUUCUUUGAUGGCUCCACAGUUUUCCUCAGUUCCAGCAAGUAAUGCUUUGGUUCCAUAUCCAUCUACAGGAAGCCAACUUUCACCAAUGAGCUUCACCAGGCCGUCAAUGCCUUCAUUACCACAGGGGUCUCAACCUGCCAAUAUUCCACCACCUGCAGGUUUUGGCAAUAUGGCUCCAAGGAUGGUUCCAACACAUUUGCAUCCUGUAGUUUCACCACAUGCACCUGCACCUAUGUAUGGUUCUCUUGGGAACCCUACUUUAGGAUCUGCAUCAAAUCCUCCACCAGGCCCAUCUAUGCAAUCAGGAAUUAUAAAUUCUGUAAAUGCAGCAAAUUUUACUCCUGCAAAACCACAAUUGCAAACAGGUCCAAGUUCUGGUAGUUUUACUUUUCAACCUCACCGUCCACAAAAUCCACCCUCUCAGGCAGGACUCAGACCGAACACUCAUUUCUCUCAAAAUGCUCCACCUGCCAAUUCAAUAUUACCAAGUCCAGCAUCCCAGCCUUUACGAAUGCCAAUGCCUAAUUUGUCUCAACCUGGCAACCACGGGUUCGCAAGGCCACCUGGCAACCACACUGGCCAACCUCAAUCUCAUAUUUCUGGCAGUCCCUUUGUCAGAGAUCCAACUGGGAUUUCAGUUCCUUCCAGGCUUCCAACAUUUCCAGAUGGAAGUGCCCUUGCACCUAGGAAUCAAAUGAUGCCAGGGGGACCUGGGCCGUGGAACUUCAACCCGUCUCCCCAAAUUCCUAGUUUUCCUGGUCCUUUCCCUCCCAGGCCAGGAAAUCAUGGCCAGCAUCAGAAUUAUCCUGUUCGAGCAAGUCACUCCUUUGCUUCUGGUAGAUCAGCUCAAGCUCCUGGAGAACAUCAACUUUAUGAUCCAUUCUCACCGACAUCAAUGUCAAUUACACCACAACACCAGGGAGGAUUCCCUAGAAGGUGAAAAAACCAGGACAAUGAGAUUUAAUGGUCUUGUUUGAAUGAGAAAAUUAGAUUAGUCCAACAGUACCUUAUGUGAUGCUUUCUAAACACUGAUAUGAUAGUUACUGGUUGAUAAAUUGUAAUGCAAUUCCUGGAGUAAAUGUUUUUUGUUUUCUUUUCAAGAGCAUAUUCACCUUAUUGUAAUUUACUGGUCUAGUCUUUGAAUCCAUUAGGCUCUAUUACCAUUUGACU